CGCCACCAUUAAUAACAGUUAAAACCUACAUUGCCUCCGCAGUAUCACAUAAACACUCUCUGUUGAUGACCAGCACCUACAAUAUAACCCGAAGGCUGAGGAGUAUCGGACGAAGAUCUGUAUACUCCUUGCGUCAGAAUUGUUCGUGAACCCUGAUCUGAAAGAGCAAUGCUUCCAUCCAUCCCCGUCCUUGGCGACUACGGAAUUUCACCAGAAUAUGGUUUUCUUCCGGCUGAAUUGCCUCUUGCGAGACUUCCUGAUCCUUACUACAACAAGUGGGAGGCUAUUGUAGCAAACCUACAAGGCCUGAUCUUGAGUAGGCGUUUGCGCGGGGUCAUCGAACGACUUCCUGUUCUCUCCACUGCCGGUCUGGAACACGAUUCGGAAUGGCGAAGAGCAUAUUCGUUGCUGUGCUUCAUGGCUCAUGGCUACAUCUGGGGUGGUGACAGCCCUGAAGAGCGUUUGCCAGCCUCAAUUUCGAUCCCGCUGCUCCAUAUCUCUGCUUACCUCGAAGUCCCUCCGGUCGCAACAUAUGCCGCCGUCUGUCUGUGGAACUUCAAACCACUGUUUGCGGACGAGCAUGUUGACAACCUGGAGAACCUUGCAACUCUCACGACAUUUACCGGUUCUAUUGAUGAGUCGUGGUUCUACUUGGUCUCGGUAGCCAUUGAAGCACGAGGAGCCCCUAUCCUUCCGCUCAUGCUCACCGCUAUCCAAGCAGCUCGGGUCAACGAUAGUAGAACGGUAACUGCUUGUCUCCGAGCAUUCGCUGAAAGGCUGGAUGAUCUUGGAACCCUCCUACAACGCAUGCGCGAAGGUUGCGAUCCCUACGUGUUCUACAACCGCAUCCGACCUUUCCUCGCUGGAAGUAAGAACAUGGAAGAAGCCGGAUUGCCAAACGGCGUUCUCUAUGAGGAUGGUACGGGUACCGAAACGUACCGACAGUACAGUGGUGGUAGCAAUGCGCAAAGCUCUAUCAUACAAUUUUUCGAUAUUGUUCUGGGUAUUGAGCAUCGUCCAACUGGUGAAAAGAAGGACGUAUCUUCAGAACGCGAACUCGAAGGCAGAGCACCUCCUCCGAAGCACAACUUCCUACUCGAAAUGCGCAAGUACAUGCCUGGGCCUCAUCGACGGUUUCUCGAAGAUGUUGCCACUGUUGCUAACAUUCGAGACUAUGUUGAAACACACUCCAACGACAAAGAACUUACAGUGGCAUACGAUGCAUGCCUAGCGAUGCUACAGGCCUUCAGGGACAAGCACAUCAACAUCGUGACUCAGUAUAUCAUCAUCAAAUCGCGCGAAUCAAGAUCUUUAUCACGGUCCAAGAGCCCCGAGGCAACGCGCCGAAAGGUGAACAUCGCCACAUCAUCUAAGCAGGGCAAGAAUGAGACUGGGGGCAAGAAGAAUCUGAAAGGGACUGGCGGUACAGCCCUCAUCCCCUUUUUGAAACAAGCUCGAGCCGAGACAGGAGAGCCUGCCAUUGAUUCAUGGGCUAAACGUGUGAUGAACCGAGACUUCAGCACGCAAGGCCGGGGAGAUUUCUUCCUAGGCAAGCCCGAGGCACAGGCAGAUGAGGGCUUGGAGCGAUGCGGCAUGGCCGGAACGUGGGCCACUGAUGAUAAUGUUGGUGGAAUAUGCCAUUAUUAAUCCGCUGACUCGUCAUUCUCCAUAUCUUUUUUAGUGUAUAGGUGGUCUACAGUAGUAAUGUUGUAUGCAUUGCACUGUUUAUAAUGUUACGAUUAUGGGUAGAUAGUUACCGCAGCUUAUCUAAAUAUUCUUC